AUGGCCGUCCUCAGCUCCGGGUACGGCUCGGUGUCGGCGAGGGACGUGGUCAUUAGUAUGGAGUUCUUUGACGAGUUUGACUCUGAUAACGAGAACGGGAUUUUGACACUGGGCGCGGGACAGCUUUGGAGGGAUUAUUAUGACAAGAUGGAGAGGGAAGCUCCCGAUCAUCACGUGAUCGCCGCACGAACACCAGCCCUCGGGAUCGGAGGGAACAUCCUCUCGAUCGGCUUCUCCUGGCUCGCCCGCCAGUACGGCAACACCUCCGACCCGGACAACAUGCUCGACGCCGAGGUCGUCAGGAUGGACGGGACCGUCCUCUGGGCCUCGGACGAACCUGACCUGUUGUCGGCUUUGCGAGCCGCCGGAGCCAGUUUCUGCGUCGUCACCAGGUUCAAACUCCAUGCCUAUCCAAUGCCCCAGGACAUUUACGCUGGCCAUCAUCAUCCCUCGCUGCCAGCUCCCUCUUAUCGCGAGGGGCAUUGCGACCAUGAACGCCCUCUCCGAGACCACCCUCUCCCCACAAGUCUCCAUGGACUUGUAGGUGCAUUCGACUCCCUGGGCGAGGAGCACGGAAGGUCUGAGGGAGGGUUCAAAUGGGCUCUAACGAUCCCCGCUGCGUUGGAUAUGACCAAAGUCACCAACCUCCGGGGCGUCUCACGGAUGCAUGUUACCUCCGUCAAAGGCCGAUUCAAAAUAUACUGGCAGCCCCUGGCCAUCACGACGCUUACCGAGAAAACCAUCCUCAACGCAGUGAGCUGGUUCGACCGCGUCGGCGCGGCGUCCGGCGGCGCGAUAGCCAAGAGCGCACAACUUGUAUUUGAAUGCCUGUGUACGCGGGACUCGGCGAGCGGUCCUUCUGGAUCGGCCUGGCCGAGGCCAAAGGGGAUGAAAAACACAAUCAUUUGCGCGGCAGGGUGCGACGCCGAUGCUGCCGGUAAAGGCACAGAAGAAGAACAUGAUAAUGACGACGACGACGUCGCAGCAGCGCGACGGCUUUGUCUGGACGCGCCGGGGAUGAUACUCGGGCAACAAGAGGGCGGCGAGCCUGUCAGAUAUGCGCCAAAUGCAUUGGAGGAGUAUCAUGGCCUGAAAGACGUCUUCGCCGAGCACCUCCCGAAUCUGCUCGCGCUGAAUAAGCACUAUGAUCCGCGGAAUAAGCUAAAGGGGCCGAUCAAUCUCAAUCUCCCUGCCUCGGAGACCGAGACCGAGUCUCAGCCCCCGAGUGAGGAGGUCGAUGGCGGAAAAGGGCAGGACAGGACUAGACUGGAGAGAGGAGGAAAGGGGAAGGGAGGACGGGGAUACCAAACAAACAGUAGGAGCAGGAGAAGACGGGAGACGGGGACGGAAGAAGGGGGGAAAGAAUAG